CUCCUCCUGGCCUGAUCACCCUUCUUUUCCGCCUGACGCUUUCCUCCCGCGACAUUCACAUCGGUCUACUCGGCAGACCAGCCAGCCCCGCCCCAGUCCCACCCAGCAACUCACCUCCGGAGAUUGACGCGACGUCGAAAGUAUUUUGCUUCGGGUCGAGCUACGAGCACAAUCUAGAACACCAUUGAAAUCCGCCCUGCCAGGGUCUCUGAAUAUAAUCGAACAAUAUUUUACAUCAUAUUAUUAUCAUAUUACCCGGAAAUAAUCAGAGCGUGAAGCUCUCUCUCACCUUCUCUGCACCUCACGAGCUCAAUUCCUCUUUCUCUCCCCGCCACAAACCUCGGUUUCUUAAUAUUAUCCACCUACUGAUCACCAUGUCUCUACACUCCUACAUCAACAAGAAAGUAUGCAUCCUGACCGUGGACGGCCGGACACUUCUGGGGACACUACUAUCGACAGACCAGCUGACGAACCUGGUCCUGGUGGACACGAUCGAGCGAAUCAUCCGCACGCCCGAUGAUCCGGAACCCAGCUCGCAGAUCGAACACGGGCUGUACCUGAUCCGCGGCGACAACGUGGUUUUAUGUGGCGAAGUGGACGAGGGGAUUGACGGGGAUAUCGAUUGGACGAAAGUACGGGGUGAGGUAGUCAAGGGCACGAAGAACGCUUGAGGGAGGUUGCCAGCAAACAGUCUAUGAUAUCACACAAGACAAGAUUUCUCGCGGUUUAAAAAAAUAUGGACGUGCAGUGCUGUUUGUACGGUUGGUUGGUUUGAGUGAUGAUUGAUGGGGACGAUCGAGGCGUGACUGUGACUGACUGUGCCUGUGACUGGCAGUGGCAGUGUCAGACAGGGGGGCUGGCGCGUAGGGUUGGAUGGAUCGGAUCGCUUCCCUCUCUCUUUUUUCUGUCUCGCUCGUUUUCUCGUGGUCUCGUUCGGC